CGCCGUCUGAUUAAGCCUCACAGAUUCUUCAAAUUACCCAAAAGACCCUUCUGAUUCUUCCUCUUUUUGAUUCUAGGACAACAAAAGCAGAAGAAUCAAACGGACAAACUAAAAUUUUAAUCAUUUACUAAAUUUAAAAUACUCAAGAUUUCAACACACUUCCGUUUGUCCGGAAUCCAGCCGGCGCUUAAUCUUGUUUAGUAUUAUAAUACAUUUCAAAAACCAAAAAUGCUCUUAUAAAACUGAACUUUAUCGACCACAACCCAACAAUUCAAGAAAACCCAACAAUAAAAAUGGCCACGGAAGAUUCAAGAGAUGAAGAGACACCACUGGUUCUUGAUAAUUUGCAGAAUCAAACACCACCCAACAAUCAUACUAAAGAUAUUCAUAUUCUUAGCUCUGCAUUUUUGCUAGUUUUUCUUGCUUAUGGAGCUGCUCAGAAUCUCCAGACUACUGUUAAUACUGAACAUGAUCUGGGUACAAUUUCACUUGGGAUAUUGUAUCUUUCUUUUACGUUUUUUUCGUUGAUUGCUUCAUUGAUGGUCAAGUUUCUUGGCUCUAAGAAUGCUAUUGUUCUUGGGACUACUGGUUAUUGGUUCUUUAUUGCUGCAAAUUUGAUGCCCACCUGGUAUACAAUGGUACCAGCCUCUUUGUACCUUGGGUUUGCUGCUUCAAUUAUAUGGGUUGGACAGGGUACAUAUCUCACUUCCGCUGCGCGCAGUCAUGCAACAGACCACGGCUUGCAUGAAGGAGCUGUUAUUGGUAGCUUUAAUGGAGAAUUUUGGGGGAUGUUUGCUUGCCACCAGCUGGUUGGAAAUCUCAUCUCACUUGCGAUUCUAAGAGAUGGAACAGGAGGAAGUACGAGCGGCACAACAUUAUUGUUCAUUGUGUUUCUUUGCGUUGUGACAUUAGGUAUCAUACUGAUGUGCUUCUUAAGUAAAAGGGUUACAAAAGAAGAGGAAGGACAAGAUUCUUCUGUCAGCUUUUAUUCUUCUCUAAUAUCAAAGUCAAAGUCUGUUAUCACUCCUUUGCUCGACAUUCGGAUGCUAUUGAUUGUCCCCUUAAUUGCAUAUUCAGGAUUACAACAAGCAUUUGUAUGGGCCGAGUUCACCAAGGAGAUUGUAACUCCAGCUCUGGGUGUGUCUGGUGUUGGCGGUUCAAUGGCAGUGUAUGGCGCUUUUGAUGCUAUUUGCUCUCUUACUGCUGGUCGACUUACAUCAGGUCUUCGAUCAAUCACUUGGAUAGUAUCUGCUGGAGCUUUUCUUCAGGCUAUUGUAUUUUUCUGGAUUCUGCUAAAAUACAGUUUAACCAGUGGAAUACUUGGUGUCAUAUACCCACUUCUCAUGGCGGCCCUUUUGGGUAUUGGUGAUGGAGUACUGAUGACACAGCUUAGUGCUUUGCUCGGAAUUCUUUUCAAGCAUGACAUGGAAGGAGCAUUUGCCCAACUCAAGGUCUGGCAAAGUGCUUCUAUCGCAGUUGUAUUCUUUAUCUAUCCCUACAUCUCAUUGCCGGCAAUGGUGGUAGUUAUGAUUGUCGCACUGUGUGUGGCAUUGAUCGGGUUUUUGAUUUUGACUCUCCAAGUAGAGAAAGCUUUCUCCUCGUCAAGUCCGUGAUGUUUGAACUUUGAAGCAAGAACCGUUCUUUCUCAAAGAACAAGGCACUCCUUUCACAUCAUGCUUCCCAAAAAAAGACAAGUACAAACUUCUUCUCCCUGUACAAAUCCAUCCAGCUGCAUUUCUAGUUUCUUACACGGUGUUUUAUUUGCUUCAUCAAUGUUGUAUGUGCCGAUGUCAUCGAAAUGAAAAUUUAUAAACGUUGCAUUUUCUUACAUACACUUGGUGUAUAUGCGCCAACCAUUUACGCCAUUACUUUUUUUUA